AUGAACAAUCAAGAAAGUAUUGCUGAAGGCGAGCGUCUUAUUGUUCCUAAAAGAGUAGAAGUAGCCCCAAGAAAUCCUUUAAUCGAGACACUCUUCAUAAAAUUGAACCAGUCAAAGAAUGAAGUAUCACUUGAGGAAGUUGAUGUCGAAGAUGUUGAUGACACAUUAAUUAAAGACAAGUUGACAUGUGCUAAGUGCCAUAAGACGUUCAACUCGAGAUCAUCCCUGAUCAAGCACUUGAAGGUCAAACACCAUAUUGUAAUCGUUGGUGUCAAGCAUGGGCGUCCUGACCAAGGUGGAAGGCUUGCAUACUAUAUCCGCCAGCAGCAAAAGAAGGCCGAUAGAAAUUCUGUUUUGAAAGUCGACGAAAAAAAACUUAAGAAGCAAAUAAGGAAACAAAUCAGUUAUGAGGCGGUAAACGCCAAGAAGAGAGCUGAGUGGGCUAUGUUGGAGAGUAAGGACCUUCUUGAAAACCUUAAGGUUUUAUGGGAUACGUCUGAUGGUGUAUGGAGACCAGAUUUUGCCUAUGUACAAUAUAUUGAAGAUGUCUCUCCCAUUUACCAAUAUCUCAUCACCAAACUAUGUUUGGAAGAUUCAUAUGUAUGA